CAAAACAGACAACACCAGCAGCACAUGUUUCAUCAUGGCGGCCACCGCUAAAAAGAUGUCUGGUGUGUCGGACGACUCCAGCAGCAGUGACGAUGAGGCUCUCAGGAGAUGUCGGGAGGCAGUUUGGGAAACAAGAACCGACAAGAAGAAAGAUGGGGACAGCAGUGUGCAACAGUCAAAGCGCUUUAUGGUGCUGGAUAUUGUCUCGCUGUGCAACUAGUGUUGUUGUCGCUGCCCAUGAACAUGAUGGCAACGAGCUCCAGGUCACCCAAGAGUUUCGAACACACGUCGCCAAAAAGUUGGGACAUCUUCUUGACAGUUGCAUUACAGAGAUGCAGAACGAAACCUCAUCCAGUGUGAAAUCAGCACAAUUUGAUGAUAAUGAUGAAGGAUUUCUUCUGUUUUCAACGUCAGUCCCGGGACAGACAGCUGUGGAUCCUCCAGCUCCUGUCAGGCGUCGAACUGUCCCAAGCUCAAGUGACAGCGACAGUGAGAUGGAAAUGAGGCUGAGGGAGGCAGCGGUGUCUGUCAAAGACCUCUUACCUUCAUCGUCGCUGCCCUCUACACUCUCAACUCCAUCAUCAGAAACAAUAGAAAAGACAAAGAAGAAACUGACAGAGGAAGGGGAGUGCCAUGUUGUUAAGAAAAAGAAGAAGAAGAGGAAACAAAAACAAGGAGAGAGUGACUCUGCAGGCUCUCCUCUUAAUGCUCAAGGCAAUGGUGAGCUUGGGAGCUCUGAGCAGGAGCACACGCAAGUCAAAGUAAAACGGAAAAAGAAAAAGAAGCGAGAAGAUGUUUUGAACUGAAUUCCUCAUAACCAUUUUGGGAUGGUUCUCUGUUUUCCGUCACUGUCACAAGCUUUAAAAUGAUUGAAGAUAUGUACAUAUUUUCCAAAACAUGUCAAGUAUAUUUUAGGAAGCCAUGUGUUUUAGGACAUGCAGCACAAACACGAGAGUUCACUUCUUCGUGAAAAGUCUUUUUAUACCAUUUCUCAUGGCUAUUUUCAAAAUAGUCUUUUGUCAUGAAAGAUACUCAUUAAGAGUGUUUAAAAAAGAAAAAGCAUUGCAAGGCAGUGACAUAAAAAAAUGCAGGUAACAUGCGGUUUAAAAGUUUCAACUUCAUGUACAAUAUCUGAGUAUCACUAAACAUUUGAAUAAAAAAUACAUUUUGAUGUGGA